CCAUUCCGGCAGCGGUUCGCAGCAGUUGAUCGUCGGAAAUCCAAUCGAAAGGAUUGUGAUUCCUGCGAAUGCAGAAUCUAAACAUAAGAGAAGACCGUCACCAGCCAAUCCACUCACCAUGGCUCAAGUUGAGGCGCGUACUGUGCUAUGGUACAUGACAUUCAUGGGCUUCAUUGUCAACUAUAUGAUCCGGAUCAAUCUGAACAUCACCAUUGUGGAUAUGAUUGCCGGAAAGGCAAUCCAAAAUAGUUCUGUAAAUAACGAUUCGGACUUGGCUGCCCUUCCAGAAUUGAAUGAACGAUUUUCGUUGGAGCGUUGGUUUAUGGAUCGGGCAAAUAUUUCAUACGAAAAGAGAGGAUUUGCUUGGAACGAGAAGCAGCAGGCCGCUCUGUUGGGAUCCUUUUUCUGGGCCCAUUGGACAUUGCAGAUUCCCGGCGGUAUCUUGGCCACAAAAUAUGGCACUAAAUUGGUCUUCGGUUGGUCCAAUGGCAUCGGUGUAUUUUGCUGUUUCCUAAUACCAAUCAUUUCCUAUUGGAGCUAUACGGGCUUGAUUAUCAUUCGAGUGUUCCAGGGAUGGAUAACUGGAUUGGCCUGGCCAUCGAUGCACGUGCUCACUGCCAAAUGGAUUCCGCCAAAUGAGCGCAGCAAGUUUGUCAGUGCCUAUUUGGGCAGCUCAGUAGGCGUCGCUCUGUUCUAUCCGAUCUUUGGCUAUGUUAUUGACUGGACAAGGUGGGAAUGGGUUUACUAUAUCUGUGGAAUCGUGGGCACUCUCUGGUUCAUCGCCUGGCAGUUCCUAGUUUACGAUAGCCCCGCGCAGCAUCCUCGUAUCACUGAUUCCGAGAGGAAAUAUAUUGAGAAGUCUUUGGGAGCCUCAGUUCAAAGUACCAAGGGACCCACCCCCUGGAGGGCUAUAGCCACUUCCCGUCCGGUAUGGUUAAAUGUGGUAGCCCAAUGGGGCGGUAUCUGGGGCCUGUUUACUUUGAUGACCCAUGCACCGACAUACUUCCGACUGAUCCAUCACUGGAACGUCCGAGCGACUGGCUUCCUGUCGGGACUGCCACAUCUUAUGAGGAUGCUCUUCGCCUACGUCUUCUCCAUUUUCGCCGAUUAUCUGCUGCGGACCGAUCGUCUGAGUCGCACCAAUGUUCGCAAGCUGGCCACUUUCGUAUGUUGUGGCGUUAAGGGUCUUUUGGUUUGUGCUUUGGCUUACUUUGGUUACAAUGCAACAGCAGCCAUUGUGUUGGUUACAUUGGCCACCAUGUUCCACGGCGCAGUAUCCUCCGGACCCUUGGCCUCCAUGGUGGAUCUUUCGCCCAACUAUGCAGGCAUUGUACUAGGUGUUAGUGGAAUGAUUGGCGGAAUGCCGGGCUUCAUAUCACCAUAUAUCGUUGGACAGCUCACCCUUAAUAAUCAAACUAUUGAUGCUUGGAAGAAUGUAUUCCUGCUCAGUUCAGUGAUGUUAACAGGCAGUGGCAUCUUAUAUGUGCUUUUCUCGGAAUCCACAUUGCAACCAUGGAAUGGUGGCUGUCAUCAGUUGCCCGAUCCUGGGCUCAAGGAACUCCAAAAUUUGGGUGCCAAUAAAGAGGAUGAGGAGGAAAAGAAGCCCCUUAAAGCUGAACAUGAUGAGGAAGUCCAUAGUGGGGUUGAAAAGGAGUGAAAACAAAAUCUGAUGGCAAUGAAAAAUUAUAUGGGACUGCGUCACUAUACUUUUAUUGGCAUAAUGCCGUGUUGGUUAUGGCACUUAGCCGACCAACGUCUGAUAACACUUAUCGCCAAAUUGUGUAAAUAAUUACUAGAGUUUAGCAUCUCCAACCUCUAGAUUUAAGCAAGUUGUUUACUAUAACAUAGGAUUAGGUCUCUAUCCUUCCCCGAGAUUCUGUUUGUCCAGUGUGUGUUUUUAGUUAAAUAUUAAAACAAAUGAAAAUGA